CAGUUGGUUUGUUUCCUUCCUUCUCGGUGGGAUGGCUCUUCGCCCUGCGCAGUUGAGCGCUGGAGAGAAUGAGGACCUCUGACGUUUCUCCCAAGGUUUCUUAGAGCUGCCAGAAGAGGACCAGAAGAGAAGAUGUUGGCUAUGUUUGCGCUGGCUUUGUUCUCCAGGAGUGUCCUCCUUUCUUUAGGCGACCACAACUUUUUAAGGAAAGAAAUUAAGAUAGAAGGAGACCUGGUGCUGGGAGGGCUCUUCCCAAUCAAGGAGAAGGGCACUGGGGCCGAAGAAUGCGGUAGGAUCAACGAAGACCGAGGCAUCCAGAGGUUGGAGGCCAUGCUCUUUGCCAUCGAUGAGAUCAACAGAGACAGCCACCUGCUCCCAGGGAUUAAGCUCGGGGUUCACAUUCUGGAUACUUGCUCACGAGACACCUACGCUCUGGAACAGUCCCUGGAGUUUGUCAGAGCUUCUUUGACUAAAGUGGAUGAAGCGGAGUACAUGUGCCCUGACGGCUCGUACGCGGUUCAGGAAAACACCCCGUUACUCAUCGCAGGAGUCAUCGGAGGAUCUUACAGCAGCGUCUCCAUACAGGUUGCCAAUCUGCUCCGGCUCUUCCAGAUCCCUCAGAUCAGCUACGCCUCUACCAGCGCCAAGCUCAGUGACAAGUCCCGCUACGACUACUUUGCCCGGACGGUGCCUCCGGACUUCUACCAAGCCAAAGCCAUGGCUGAGAUCCUGCGCUUCUUCAACUGGACCUACGUCUCCACGGUGGCCUCGGAAGGAGACUAUGGGGAAACGGGGAUCGAAGCCUUCGAACAAGAAGCCCGGCUGAGGAACAUCUGUAUCGCCACCUCCGAGAAAGUCGGCCGGUCCAACAUCCGAAAGUCCUACGACAGCGUCAUUAGGGAACUUCUGCAGAAACCCAACGCCAGAGUUGUGGUCUUGUUCAUGCGCAGCGACGAUUCUCGGGAACUCAUCGCCGCGGCCAACCGCUUCAACGUCUCCUUCACCUGGGUGGCCAGCGACGGCUGGGGGGCCCAGGAGAGCGUGGUCAAGGGCAACGAACACGUUGCCAAUGGGGCCAUUACUCUAGAGCUUACUUCCCACCCGGUCAAAGAGUUUGACCGGUACUUCCAGAGCCUCACCCCUUACACCAACCAUCGCAAUCCCUGGUUUAAGGAUUUCUGGGAGCAGAAGUUCCAGUGCAGCCUCCAGAACCGGAAAACCCACAAAAAGGUGUGUGACAAGCAUUUGUCCAUCAACAGUUCCAAUUACGAACAAGAGUCCAAGAUCAUGUUUGUGGUCAACGCAGUCUAUGCCAUGGCCCACGCCUUGCACAAAAUGCAGAGGACAAUGUGUCCGAACACAACCAAGCUCUGCGAUGGCAUGAAGCACCUGGACGGCAGGAAGCUGUACAAAGACUACUUACUCAAAGUCAACUUUACAGCUCCCUUCCAUUCUUCAAAAUCUGCCGACAACCUUGUUAAAUUCGACAUCUACGGUGACGGGAUCGGCCGAUACAACGUCUUCAACUUCCAGCAAGCCGGAGGCCGCUAUUCCUACCUGAAAGUGGGGCAGUGGGCCGAAACUUUGACCCUGGAGGUCAACGCCAUUCACUGGUCCAGGGGCCUGGUCCCCGUGGCCCAGUGCAGCGACCCAUGCGCGCCCAACGAGAUGAAGAACAUGCAACCGGGAGACGUUUGCUGCUGGAUCUGCAUUCCUUGCGAGACCUUUGAGUACCUGGUGGACGAAUUCACCUGCAGGGACUGUGGCCCAGGACGGUGGCCCAGCCUGGACCUGGCCAGCUGCUACGACCUCCCGGAAGAUUACAUCAAGUGGGAAGAUGCCUGGUCCAUCGGGCCGGUCUCCAUCGCCUGCUUGGGCUUCAUUUCUACUUUCCUAGUGGUGGGAGUUUUCAUCAAGCACAACAACACGCCGUUGGUCAAGGCCUCCAGCCGCGAGUUGUGCUACAUUCUCCUUUUCGGGGUCUUCCUCUCCUACAGCAUGACCUUCUUCUUCAUCGCCAAGCCUUCUCCGGCCAUCUGCACCUUGCGGCGUUUGGGCCUGGGGACGUCCUUCGCCGUUUGCUACUCGGCCCUCCUGACCAAAACGAACUGCAUCGCCAGGAUAUUUAACGGGGUGAAGAAUGGGGCGCAGAGGCCGAAGUUCAUCAGCCCCCGCUCUCAAGUCCUCAUCUGCCUGAGCCUGGUCAUGGUGCAGAUCGUGCUGGUGUCCGUGUGGCUGAUUUUGGAAGCUCCGGGCACUCGCCGAUACACCCUUCCGGAAAAGAGGCAGACGGUCAUCUUGAAAUGCAACGUCAAGGACGCCAGCAUGCUCAUCUCUUUAACCUACGACGUGAUCCUGGUCCUCCUAUGCACUGUCUACGCCUUCAAGACAAGGAAGUGCCCGGAGAAUUUUAACGAAGCCAAAUUUAUCGGAUUCACCAUGUACACCACCUGCAUUAUCUGGCUGGCAUUCCUGCCCAUCUUUUACGUGACCUCCAGUGACUACAGG